AUGUCUGAUCUGAACUACCUCAUGUGCAAGGCUAUUGACAACCCCGGUUUGACACCCUCAUCGUCUCUUAGAACUGCCUUGAUCUCUGUGUUCGAAGAUCCUGUCUUUGAUGACUCGGCUGAAAUGCACAAAGAGAUUGGAUUGGAAGACUAUGUGGGUUGUGCUUCUGCUCAUGGUGUUGGCCCAUCCAUAGCCAUAUUUGAUACCAUACGGAAUGGAAAGUUGGAUUGUGCUUGUAUAUAUCCAUCACCCCUUCAUUCAAGAGAGCAAAUUCAGGGACUAGUCAAUCAUAUGAAGAGAAUACUUGUGGAAGGGUGUACUGGUGAAAAUCAACAAAUUGAACCAAGAGCCUAA